CUUUGAUCUUGGUAGGCUUAUUUUUGAGUAGGUUAUGCCUUUUGUUGCUGCCAAGCCUGAGCACAAUUAGAGUGGUCUUCCCUACCCUCUCAUGAUUUAUGGCAUUCUAAAGGGUCAAGGCUUUAAAGAAGAAGAAACUGAAGAGGAAGAAUCCAUUCCUCCUCUCCUAAAGGUAGACAACAAAGACUUUGAGGGCAAGCACUUCAAUGACAUGGUUGAGGAGUGUAACAAGGAUGGUCAUGUUCAACAUCCAACUCCAACCUCCACACAACUCAAAUUCUUGGACAGAGAGAUAAAAUCUUUGAAGAUGGAUGUGGAUUAUCACACCGAGUUUGCCCAGAAAUUGGCAGAGAGAAGGGAUAUGUUAAUACUGAUUGUCAAAACCCUGAAACGCAGUGUGCAGGAAGCAUCUAGCCAGGGGGAGAGAGUGAGCCAGGACAGAGAAAUUGAUGAGAAGACCAUUGCUGAUUCUGAAGGACAAGAUGCACAAGAUGCUGUAGACACAUCUAAGUUUGAGGAGAAACUUCAUAAGUUUGAUGGAUCAGAUAGUUCUAGUGCAACAGAUUAAUUCACUCUCAUUUGUUUUUGAAUUCAACAAAUUGUCUGUUUUGGA